CACAGGUCUUGAUCCAGACCCAGCUCGAUCUCUACUUUUCAUCCUUGAAAAAAUUGUACUUUAAUAUUUUACUAGUUAUUUCAACGCUUUUCUUCGCUCAACAAAUCCACAUUAUUAUCACUCAUUCAAAAUUUCCUGAGUCCAGGAAAAACCCAGGCCCAGGAAAAACCUAGGAAGGUCAAAAAAUGCCUGGGCCUGGACUCUGGGUACACGAAAACCCCGGGCCUUGAUUCAAACCCAGCUCGAUUCUUUAGUAUUCAUUCUUCAAAAAAUUGUAGUUUAAUAUUUUAUUAGUUAUUUCAACGCUUUUCAUCGCUCAACAAAUCAACAUUAUUAUCACUCAUUCAAAAUGAUAUUCAUAAAUUAGCCCAACUUAAAUCCUUCAAGAUCAUGCCUAAAAAAUCCAAAAAUGGACACAAUAGAAGGAAACGUCAAUCAAUUGUUCUAUCCCCUAUCAGUUUUUCUCCUUUUAUUGAGACUUUUAUUGUGAAUACUGCUGUAGUUCUCUCUCCAAUUAUAUUCUCUCCGUUGGUUCUUUCUCCUGUCGUUUUGGGACCGAUUAUCCUCUCCCCUACAAUGUUUGUGCCACUCAUUCUCUCACCACGUGUGUUAGGUCCAUUCAUCCUAUCACCGUCGAUAUUCGACCCGUUUAUACUGAGUCCAGUAGCGCUAAACCCCUUCAUUCUAAACCCAGGAGCAUUCAUCCCUUUCGUACUCAGUCCCUUCGUUCUGUCUCCAUUUAUCCUCUCUCCACAAGUCUUCACUCCCUUAAUUCUAUCACCACUGGCUUUAUCCCCACUGAUUUUAACACCAACAGCAGCAACUCCCUUGGUUCUAUCACCCUUUGUUUUGUCCCCUAUUAUCUAUUCUCCAGCCUUUUUAUCGGCUUUGGUGUUGAGCCCUUAUGCACUUUCGCCUGUUAUCAACAGCCCUUUGAUUGCCUUUUCGGUAAUCUUGUCGCCGAGUUAUUUGAGUUGA